AUGGGAAAACCCCGCGUCUCGUACUUCUACCACCCGGAGGAAGGCAACUUUUACUAUGGCCCGGGCCACCCCAUGAAGCCCCACCGGCUUAAGCUCGCCCACCACCUCGUGCUCAACUACGAUCUCUUCCGCAAGAUGGAAGUGUUUCAACCGCACUGGGCGUCACCGGAAGAAAUCAAGGCCUUCCACGCCGCCGACUAUGUCGAUUUUCUGCAGAAAGUGAGCCCGUCGACUGAAAAGUCGAUGCAGACCCAAGUCGACAAAUACAACAUGGGCGAGUUCUCCGACUGCCCGGUCUUUGAUGGCGUCUUCAACUUUAGUCAAAUCUCGGCCGGCGGCUCGUUGGACGCGGCGUACCGCCUCAACCAAGGACUGAGCGACAUUUGCAUCAACUGGGCCGGUGGGCUGCACCAUGCCAAGAAGGCCGAAGCAUCCGGCUUUUGCUACAUCAACGACAUUGUGCUUGGGAUUCUCGAGCUCCUCAAGUACCACGCCCGCGUGCUCUACAUUGACAUUGACGUCCAUCACGGCGACGGCGUCGAAGAAGCGUUUUAUGUCACGGACCGCGUCAUGACGGCGUCGUUCCACAAGUAUGGCGACUUCUUUCCUGGCACUGGCCACGUCAAGGUACAGUAG